CAGAAAAAUAUUUUUCCCAUAGUAUUUCCACCAAAUUAAGGGUUUUAAGGAUUGUGUUAACUGACAACACUAACAUUGUAAACGUCAAAUUGACAGCACUAAAUACGACGCGGGAACGGGUACAUACAUACAUACUUUUAGCGAUAAUUCCCCAAAAACUUUAAUUAAAUUUGAUAGUGAGGUUACAUACAAGUCUUACUAUGAGACGACGUGACGAUAAAUUCCCCGACAAUGGCUUUGAAGCCUGGGGCGGGUACAUGAACGCGAAAAUUUCCAAAUUGGAAGAGCAAUUUGCUUCCAGAGUGGGCAGUGAACAAGAAGUAUUGUCGGAUAUAUUCAGUGGGGUAAGCAUAUAUGUUAAUGGAUACACAAUCCCCUCUGCAGACGAACUAAAAACUCUUAUGGCUAAACAUGGUGGUGUUUAUCACACUUAUCAGAGAAGUGAUGAUUUCAUUAUAGCAUCUAAUUUACCUGAUACAAAAGUUAAGAAUAUGUCGUUAGUUAAAGUAGUAAGGCCAGAAUGGAUCACAGACAGUAUCGCUGCAAGUAAGCUGCUGGAUUAUAGGGAUUACUUAUUGUAUGGGAACUCUAGAUUGCAACCUCGGCUGAACUUUGCUAAAGUCAAAAGUGAUCCAGUAGUUGAUUGCAAACCAUCAACAAGUAUGUUAGAGAGCACUGUCAUUAAAGAUCAUGAUGAGAAGUUAAUUGACUUUCCCAUUGUUGAUACCAAGCAAGCAAAUGUUACAGGAGAUUUGCCAAAAAGAACGGACCACUCUACAAAAACAGCAGCAGAUCCUAAUUUUAUUUCAGAAUUCUAUAAUAAUUCCCGAUUACAUCAUAUUUCACAACUUGGAGCAUGCUUUAAACAGCAUGUAAAUGAUCUGAGAGAGACAAGCAAUUUCCAGUUUCCUGCUCGAACACAGUUAAAGGAGAGAGUUCUUACAUUAAAUAAUGCUAAUUGCCUGUCACAAGUAACAUUUGAAGGUGGAAAGACUAUUAUGCACAUAGAUAUGGACUGUUUCUUUGUAUCAGUAGGAUUAAGAAAGAGACCAGAUCUGCGAGGGAAGCCUGUGGCAGUCACACACUCCAAGGGUGGACAAGGGAGACCUAAAAGAGCAGGAGUAGACAGAGAUACAGAAUUCAAUCUGUACAGAGAAAAGCAAGCUAAAAAGCUAGUAAAGGCUACUGGUAUUGAUGAAGAUAUCAAAUUAGAAACUAGAGUAGAUGCCAUUGGAGAUGAGGAUGACAAAUAUGGAUCCAUGAGUGAAAUAGCAUCAUGUUCAUAUGAGGCUCGGGCAAAGGGCAUUGGCAAUGGCAUGUUCAUGGGUGCAGCUUUAAGAUUAUGCCCAGACUUACAAACCAUUCCUUAUGAUUUUGAUGGCUACAAAGAAGUGGCUUACACACUAUACAACACUGUGGCUCAAUACACUCUGAAUAUUGAGGCAGUGUCUUGUGAUGAAAUGUAUGUGGAUUGUAGUGAGUUAUUAAAGGAUUUAGAUAUUACUGUUCAGGACUUUGCAACAAUAUUAAGAGAAGAAAUAAGAAGUAAAACAGGAUGUCCUUGUUCAACUGGAUUUGGAGGCAACCGUUUGCAGGCUAGGCUAGCCACAAAGCGGGCAAAACCAGACGGACAGUUUUUUCUAUCUGCAGAUCUUGUUGAAGAUUUCAUUUUUAAUAUUAAGCUGAGAGAUCUACCAGGAGUAGGGAGGCAAACUGCUUCAAAAUUGGAAUCACUUGGCCAUCAGACAUGUGGGUCUUUACAGAGUUUCAGUUUAACUUCUUUGCAACAUCACUUAGGUAUGAAAACAGGCCUUCAAUUGUAUGAUCAGUGCAGAGGUCGAGAUAAUAAUGCUCUAACAUUCCAUACAGUGAGAAAGUCUGUUUCAGCUGAAGUUAAUUACGGAAUACGAUUUGAAAAUAAUCAGCAGUGUAUAGAGUUUUUAAAGCAAUUGUCAGCUGAAGUCCACACUAGGAUGGUACAGUUCAAAGUGGUAGGUAAAUGUAUAACUCUGAAACUAAUGGUAAGAGAUGAAGAAGCACCAGUAGAAACUGCAAAGUUUUUGGGGCAUGGGUUUUGCAAUGUCAUAAACAAGUCCACUUCAUUACUUAAUGCUACAAACGAUGCAGAAAUAAUAACUAAAGAAAUAAUCUCUCUGUGUAACAAACAAAAGAUAGACCCUAAAGAAAUGAGGGGAAUAGGUAUACAAGUAACAAAAUUAGAAUCUUUAGCAAAUAAGGGUCAAACAAAAGGAGCUAUGAGCAAAUAUCUUGUCAAUACGAAUUCAGUUAAAUGUGAAAGUAAAAAUACGAUAGAUCAUCCAGUAAUCGCAAAUAAAGUAAAACCCGAGCCGGCUCUGAAGCCAGCAACACCCAAAAAAACAAAAGCGCAAUCUCCCAAAAAAUCUCCAGUUAUAGGCUCUAAUAAAACCUCUCCUGUUGCCUCUGGGAAAAGGCGAGGAAGGCCUCCCAAAAAUCUAUCCUUGAAAGCUAAGGCCUCAACUUCCAAAAAUCUUAUGAGUAAAUUUUUACAUGGGCAGAAUACCUAUAACCCACCAUACAAACCACCUAUACCACUGCAGGUGCAGACUGUAGUUAAACAAGAAAAAAAGGAAGUUAAAAAAGAAGCUGAGAAAGUUGAGAAAGAAUCUGCUCCUAAUCAGGGUUUACUAGAUCUCCCAUGGGACAAAGUUAGAGAACUGCUAAGAGCUUGGCUAGAGAGUGGUCAAACUCCCUUACCCUACGAUAUAAAUUUAAUCAUCACAUAUAUGCGGGAAAUGGUUAUCAAUAAAAACAUAGACAAGUUAAACAUACUUUUGAACUUUGUGAGGAGGAGAAUUCGAGAAAUGGAUAAUAGCAGUUGGAUGGAAGUCUAUGAGAACAUAAUGGAACAAGUCCAAAACGCAAUGGUUGCUGUUUACGGCAAAAAACUGUGGGUUGGUACCUAAUUAACAUUACGCAUAAACGACACAAAACAGGGAAAGAGGCUAGCCAGCUCCGUGGCGAACAAAACGCAAAUGGCUCUAGAAUAACUGCGAUACGGUACAGAACGUGACCGAUUUUCAACAACUUGUCUAAGCGUAAGCACAUACAGCGGCCAUAAAACGGCACGAUGCCCAUAAGCCAUAAGGAUGUUGAAUAAAAAGGGUUAAAGGCGACCAAAGACAUAUGUAACUCCGUAUAGACGGAUAAGGUCUAAGAAAAAAACGUACCUCAAAGCCAUAGAGAAAAAGGUACGGUGGCCAAGAUGGCGUUACACCUUUGGGGAACG